UUGUGAAGAAGUCUUCCAGUGAAUAUGGUGCCAUUGUGUUAAGUAUUUUCCGAAUUUUAUUUUUAAAUGGGACGAACGCCGAUAUAGAUUUGAUAUUGCUAGGGAGAGCAUUGUAAAAUCGUAGACCCAUUUGUAGAUGUGAUGUGUCAUACACUUUACUUUUGGAGGCGGUUAUUGCAAAAUUAUUUUUUAAUCUGGUAUUAUAUUUGUGGUAAUCGGAAUUAAAGGAGAAUAAUGCCUUAUUUUUAAGUGCUUGCUCCGUCCUCUGUUAUCUUUCAGCUGAAGUCUUAGAGCUACAAGAUCCCUCAAGUAUGCCUCACUGACACCAAACGCGAGGAGGGCCCUACCAGGCUUCUCUCUGCGGAAGAACGUCCUCCAUAGGCUCGUCCUGAAGCCAAGAUUUAUCCUCUGGUGGCCGUGUCAUCCAGGCGCCCGUAUAACACAGCCAUCACCUUGGUUACCCUAGAGACAUGCCUCUGAACUGUCAGAGACGUGCCAUCCCACGGUCACCUCGGCACCUGCGAGUGCAACAUCCCCCAAAGGAAAGGGGCCACCACUGCACUUGAUCUAGGAAAUGGUGACACAUUGCUUUGAUGGUCAAGAGCAUAUCCCCUGUGCAUAUUCAACGUAAUAUGUUUUGUUAUUUCCUAUAAUUUUACUGUAUUAAUGAGGCACCUAUCUAUCAAAUGAGGCAUCAAUAAGACCUCUAUGACUAAACUGAGAUCUCUGCCUUCACAAUAGGAACAGUGCAUCUACAAAGUCAGUUGCAAUAAUUAGAAAUUCUAAGGACUUUUUUAGAAUUGCAUACUUUUUUGUGCAGAUCGCCCCUCGAUUUACUUUGAAAUGAUAAUAGUGUGAGACGAUUUCAGACAUUUUCUCGCAAAUAUCCGAUAGCAAUGGACACUUAUUACCAUGGAGGUUUAAGGAAUACCUUCAAGAAGUUCUUGCGCUUCCCGCUGCUGUGUAUGAAUCGCCGACAUUUAAUUAUAGUGAAACUCUUUCUUCCAGCAUUUUUAAUCCUAAUGUUAAGAUAACUGUUAAUGAUUUCUUGGAUACAAUGAUGUCAGAUCCUGGACCUCCAGUUUUAGUUUGGCUCCCUCUUCUUCACCGUAUUUCCUCAGUCGAGAAUGUUGUUCACCCGGUACAAUGUGAUGCCUGUCAAAGAGAAAAUUUUACCGGAUUCCGGUAUAGAUGUCAAAAAUGCCCGCACUACGUGUUAUGUCAAGAUUGCUUCUGGAGAGGUCGAGUCACUACACCUCACACUCUUGAUCAUCAGGUGAAGGAAUAUGCCUCUUAUUCGCCCAGUAAAACAAUUGGCCACUCAUUACGUAAAUCUUUUCGUUGCGUUCCUGAUAAACAGAAAAAUAAUCUACCUCGAUUCCCUGAGCAGCCAGAGAAGACAUUGAAUCUGUCACAUAUUGUCCCACCUUCACCAAUUCCAUCACAUAAUGGAUUUCCAGAUGGUCCAUUUAAUUUUGAUGGGAUGGGUAGUUUAGAUAGCCGUACAACUGCACGCAGUCUUGACAGUGCAAGAGAUGACGAGCACCGACUCAUAGCACGUUAUGCAGCAAAGUUGGCUCAAGAAGCAAGAACCGGAAUGCAUCGAGGUGGUUAUCGUAAGAGUUCUCUCUCUCCUGAUUCGGGUCGAGUGCCUUCUGAAGCUUGUCUUGGUAUGGACUCGACGAGAGCACAACGUGAGCUCAUCAAUCAGCUCGAAGCCAAAAACAGGGAAAUAAUGAGAGAAAUUGCAAGAUUGAGACGCCAACAAGAAAUAGAAUCUAGCGGCCAUGGUUCAGAGAACCCAGCGCUUAUGUCCGAACUGCGUGCUUUGCGAAUGAGAAAGGAUGAACUGGAGGCUCAUUUAACUACUCUUCAAGAUUCACGCAGGCAGCUGAUGAUUCAACUUGAAGGACUUAUGAAAAUGUUAAAAAAUCAUCAAUCUUCCCCGCGGAGUACGCCGAACUCGUCACCCCGCAGUACAAAAUCGCCCCCACUACCUCCAGGUGCUCUUCCCAACCAACAACCAUGCCCACGAAGUGCUCCCCAAACUCCUCUGGGAAUGCCACCUUCGAUUCAGCCUGUGGCGUUAAGCCAAGUCGAAAGAAACUCCCACAUACAACACCCGUCUGGUAUCAUAGCGCAAUCAAUUGGCGGAAUGGGUGGGGUCAAUAGCAUGGCAAUGGAUCGAAACGUUGAUAGAGGCCUACAUAAUGUCAACACCGAGGCUUUAAUGGGCGUGGGUGGUGACGUUCGAAACGCAUUUGGAGGAAAUAACGGGAACGAUACACCGGGAUCAGUCGGACGCUCUCUAAGAAACGAUCUUUUAGUCGCUGCCGAUUCGGUUACGAAUGCAAUGUCUACGCUUGUUCGUGAAUUAAAUUCAGAAUCCUCAUCUUUCUCUGAAGCUAGUGGUAUCCGAAAACCACUCGAUUUUGAAGACGAUGGGGAAGAGGAGUCGGAAGGAGGCUGGCAACAGGAACUCCAAAGGCGUUACGCUCAAGAAGCAAGCUUUAUGGCAGAAUUAAGAGCGCGGCAUCCGACAAGUCCUCCGGAAAUAACACAAAACAAUCAGGGUUACGUAAUGGGUCAAAAUUUUAAUCAUAAUAGUUUGGGGCAAUUAAAUUCGAAUCAUUCUUCGGGGCAACAAAAUUACAUCGAACAAAACCCGGGCCUUUUCGGAUCGCAGCCUCAGCAGCAUGGUGAACAAUCUGUAAAUACAAAAGAAAGUGAAGGUGAUGUUAGUAAUGCAACAGAAGCAACUGAAGAAGUACAAAGUGAGAAUAAGUCGAAGGAGAUGCUUGAAUGGGAGGAAGCUGUCAAAAGAUGGAUUAAUCGUUAGGACUAGUAAAUGUAAACAGACUGGUGAAACAUAAGCUCCUCUCUGGAAAGGGGUUGGCGAAUGCGUGAACUUCGGUGAUUGGUAUGCACGUAAUAAACAAAGGGUCACAUUUCUAUAAGUACCUAUUUUAUUUGUCACGUUUCUUUUUGUAAUCAGUACUUCCAUUUAAAAUGUAACGGUCUUGCAUAAACCGAUGACCUGCCUUAAAAUGUCAAGUUCGUAAUUCAGGGCCAUAGCUACAUUUUUUUUUAAGAUAAAUCGCCAUUUAUAACUGAAUGUACUUCUACCCAAAAUGUCUUCCCUUUAGUUAAGUAACAUAAACGCAAAGUGUAUACAAACAUCACACCUAACCAGCAGUUUUUUUGUGUCCAAGUCAAUUUCCAUUACAACGCCUCAAAUAAAUCUUGGUUAUGGCUCCGCAUGUUAUCAUAAUGUAUCUAAUAUGGAAUAGCGCCCAAAAAAAUUGUUGUACAUGCCUUUAUCGUUCAAAUUUUCUGUUUCUUUAUAAUACUUUAUUAUAAUGAAAUAAAAUGUGUGAAUUAAAAGAAUUGGUACACAUCGAAUCAGUAGGUAAUGAGUGUUGAUUAUUAACCUUGUCAAUAAUAAAUAGUAGGUAAGAUUUCAGACUACAAGUAAAAUUUGGCUGUUAUUUGAAAAAUGCCUAAAUAUGAAGCUUUGUGUAGAUUUUGAUAUAUCACAAAAAACCUGGUUGUGCUUAACUCUUUCUCUCUCUCUUCUCUCUCUCUGAAAUAAUCAAACUAUGUAAGUGCGAAUGUAUAAACAAGUACUUGCAUAAGUAACAUUGUACAUUCCAUCAUUUUUAUUUUAUUUUCGAGACCAAAUGCAGUCGUAAGUUAAUCUUUAAAUUACUAAUGUAUUGUUCAUGUACUUAUCAUUAACGAUGUAUACUCUUAACUACUAAUGUACAUAUACAAAACGUAAAGGUAGGUGUUAAAAUGACAACUCAAUGAAAAAACUUGUAGUUCCUUGUAAUGUCUGUCAAUAGCUACGUUUUGUUUCAGUUAAACAUUGUAAAGUAACUUAUUUCCUUUGUAAAGAAUCAAACAAUUUAAUUGUUUAAACUCUCUAAUUCUUGUUAAUUGCAUAUAUGACUUAUACA